AUGUCUCAAGAGCAGUCCAACAUCGACAAUACCGCAGUAGCUCCCCAGGCUGGUCCAGGGACUACUGUAGCUGCUGGCAGCAUCAAUGGUAGUCCGCAUUCCCAAGAGCAGACCAACAUAGAUACCGCAGUAGCUCCCCAGGCUGGUCCAGGGGCUACUGUAGCUGCUGGCAGCAUCAAUGAAUGCCCGCAUACCGAAGAGGUAUGGGAGUCCUUCAUCAAAAAAGCGAUGUCCAGAAGCGAAUUUAGGAGUAUGUCAAGAGGGCUUGAGAUCAAUACCCCACAACUAUUCAUUGCGACGACCCUCUUUCAGGGGUUAAAUAAGGACAUCCAAAAGUAUAAUAAAGAGAAUGGGGUGGAUAUUAACAGUGGACUGGUUCCAGAGAGCUUCUACGAGGAAAUCUACGAGAAGUGGAUGACCGCUUUCGAGAAGGCUAAGUCCGACGACAAUGCGGAAGCCGCAUGGGCCGCGUUUUAUAACACAUUUACAAAUCUCCAGGCAUUCAAUCAGAAAUAUCGUUUGCCUGAAGGAUGGAAUAUCAAUUCAGAUAUGGUCGAAGCAAACUUUGGCUGGAAUUAUAUCCUGGCCAAGGCAGAAACAAAGGAAUCCUGGAAACUAAUGGUAGAGCAGAUAGGGAGAUACAUUGUUGAUGGUUCAAUAUCCGCCUUUUUCAGAGAGCUGAAUAAUGAUAUCCGGGGUUGGAAUAUGAUUAGAAACAGACCAGAAACCGAAAGAUUGAUUCCUGAAGAUGGUUGGAAGAAUAUUUACCAAGACUUUGUUACGGCUAUCGACAAGUCCUCUAACGAACGAAAUAGAAAUGCUGCACUGGAGGCGGAUAAAUACAGAAGAGAGAAGAUCCAAAGCUUCAAUGCGCAGUACUGUUUGCCUGACGCCUGGCUAUAUAACUACCAGUUUCCGGAGGGCUGGCCAAGCAAAGAUUCAGAGAAUGAAGUAAAGCCAGAAUUGGAGUCAGAGGAUAUCGACCUCGAUGAAGUCUCAGAAUAUGAAGACGAAGAAGAGCAGAAUACAAACGAUGUUACUGGUCUCGACGAGCUGGAGGAAGAGGUGAAAAACGAAUAUCAUCAGGCAGACGGCGAAGUUAUCGCCUGGUGGAAGAGAGGUGUUGGCUCACAAGUAUUUGUCCGCUAUGGAGAAGGUUCCAAUACAACAUACCGUAUCCGUGCUGGCGCCUCUCACAUGUAUGAUCCGGCCAAAGUACAAAUGAUAUUAAGUUCGGGGGCCGUACUCGGAGACGAGAAAUCUACAUGCUCGCGUGGCCGGGAGAAAACCAUGGUCCCGACUGAACUUGGUACAAUGAAAGAAGACUGGGCAUACACGCGAAAAAAUGUUCGUGGAAUUGUGGGAAUUGGAUGGAAGGUCGAUGACGAUGACGAAGACGGCAUCGAGCCACUGGAGCUGUUGUCUCCAGAGCCGUACGUUAUAUAUCCCCAUACGCGGGCCUUGAUCGAGUGGACGGAUGGUAAGGUUACACUAGAGGAUAAGGCCUUCCUUCGUCGUAUCAUCAAAGGAUCCAGCCUUCAGGUAGCUCGAGUAAUUUACCAGAAAGCCUUGAGGCAGGAAAUCCAAUAUCGGAGAGCCGAGGGUUUACCAUACAAGCAUCUUUCAAAGAGUGCCUCUGGAGUCCAAGGUAAGAAGAAAGGAGGUGCACUUGAAGAGGAAGAGGAGGAGGAGGAAGAAGAAGAAGAAGAAGAAGAAGAGGAAGAAGUGCCCGCGUUUGCCAAACCUAGCCGGGUUCGCUUUAGUGAGCUAUCAAAGGGAGGCGCUCAAGCCACAGCAAAGCCUAUGUCAAAGAGCUCACUUGCCAAGGAAAAUCGGCGGUUGCGAGAACAGCUUGCAUCGGUAAUGCAAAAUGCAUCUAUGUUUAACUCUAGCCUGGCCCCGAAGGGGAAGUAUACAAAAGGCUAUGGCAACGGGGUUGGAUUGGAGUAUAUGGCGGUGCCACAGCGUCGUCGUCGCCGAGUACAACGCCCGGUCCCUACUGAACUGUUGUACUUCUAA